AUGGAUCAUCCUCACCGUCGAUUGAACCCAUUGACGAAUGAAUACAUUCUUGUUUCUCCUCAUCGUAUAAAACGACCUUGGCUGGGUCAAACCGAGCCUUUGCAGUCAAUCAAUCUUCCUAAAUAUGACCCAGAUUGUUAUCUUUGUCCUGGUAAUCGUCGUUCGAAUGGUGAACAGAAUCCUUCUUACAAUCAUACCUUUACUUUUGAAAAUGACUUUGCCGCCGUUUUACCUCCUCCUCUUCCGUCUCCACCACCACCACCUCACCCCUUUCUCACUUGUCAACCCAUCCAUGGCGCAUGUGAUGUCGUCGUCUUCCAUCCACGUCAUGAUCUCACCCUUUCGGACUUGCCAUUACACGACAUUGAAUCUGUCAUCGACGAGUGGACUCGCAUUUACCAAAUGAGAGGGGCAGAGCAGGGAAUCAAAUAUGUUCAGAUAUUUGAGAACAAAGGCGCUAUGAUGGGUUGCUCAAAUCCUCAUCCCCAUGCCCAGAUCUGGUCGCUAUCUGUAGUACCAACAAUCGCCGCCGUUGAAUUGGAGUCUUUGAUAAAAUAUUCUCUGUCUCAUACAAGGUGGCGACCAUGUUUACUCUGCGAGUAUGCCCACGUCGAGCUCAAAUUGCAGACUCGGGUUGUUGUCCUCAAUCAAAGCUGGGUUGCGGUGGUUCCCUGGUGGGCUACUUGGCCAUUUGAACUUAUCGUCCUACCAUAUCGGAGACACAUUCCUUGCCUUAGUGAUCUUGAUGUUGCUGAAAAGGCUGCACUUGCAGACAUAAUUGCCAGAGUUUCUAGGUGUUUCGAUAAUCUCUUUUCUUGCUCUUUUCCUUACUCCAUGGGAGUCCACCAACAACCUAUACCUGCCCAAAACUCGACAAUAGAUGUCGCCCAUAUCCACCUUCAUUUUGAUCCACCUCUUUUGCGAAGCGCAACCGUGAGGAAGUUCUUAGUUGGUUUUGAGCUAAUGGCAGAAGCUCAGCGUGAUCUUACACCUGAAGAAGCUGCCGUAAGACUCCGAUCGUGUUCCGAGGGUCUACCCAAUGUAACAUAA